AUGGCACCGUCAGCAAUCUACGAGGACUCUAUCGUCGUCGACGUCAAAAAGAGCGGGCAGGCGCUCGAGGACAUGUCGGACAGGAUCGACGCCGUCAACGUGCUCAAGAGCAACAAAGCACCAGCACCAGCACCACAGGCCCAGCAGGAUGAGGCCUUCGACAGCGAGUCCCGGUUUGACUCGGCAAAGGACAAGGGCCAGUUCCGGCAGUACGAGGAGGCGUGCGACCGCGUCAAGAACUUCUACCGCGAGCAGCACGAGAAGCAGACGGUGGCCUACAACCUCAAGGCCCGGGCACACUUCGCCUCAGCGUCGCGGAAGCGCAUGGAGAUGACGGUCUGGGAGGCCAUGGAGAAGCUCAACACGCUCAUCGACGAGUCGGACCCGGACACGUCGCUCUCGCAGAUCCAGCACCUGCUCCAGUCGGCCGAGGCGAUCCGGCGCGACGCUCCUCUUCUUCGACGGCGCCGAGGGCCAGUGGGACGUGGUCGGCGACACCUUCCCCGUCGGCUGCGCCUUUGA